GUGCAGUGUGACCGCACUCCUCUGACCCAAUUGACGCAGUGUUGGCUAGCACUGUACUGGCCAAUCGAUUACACUUGGCGGCAAGCAGCUGUGCGUCUAUCGAAAAUGGAGCAUGUGCCAAAUAAAACUGAAGAGCUUGUGCAAAAGCUUGUGAGCCUCAACAUAACCGAAAAUGAGGAGGAAAUUGCGUCAUUACUCAAGAACCUACGACUGUUGCUCACAAAAGGCAGGGCAAAUCAGGAGUCAUUGGCCGGCAGUGUGGAGUUCUCCAGCUUUCUAGAUGCCGUGGCUUUCAAUCCAACGAUGCGUACAGAGCAUCGAAUUAUACAUAACCUAGCUCUGCAGGUGCUGGCCAAUAGUGUGGUUAACAAUGAGACCACCCAAGCACUUACCUGGAGUCUGCAUGGCUUGAAGAUCGCCGAGCAAGCUUACGCUUCUCCUUUGGGAAGUUCGAAUAAUGUGCUCCUCAUGAUCAUGUACAACAUAUACCUGAGUGGUCGUGGUCUGAUCACCGACUUGAUGGCACUCAAAACUUGUCUGCAGCUGUGGCGGGCUCUAAACGAGGCGCAGUGCACCUAUAACUUCGAGUACCUACACUUCUUCCUGGAGCACUUCAUUGUCCAGAAUGGACGAGCCUGUGUAGCUUGUUACCAGAAGCUGGAGACUGAAGAACGCGUUGCCUUCCUAGACUACGUGGCCCACUAUCUGAGGGAAAACAGUCCCAAUGGCGAUGUUACUCUGUUUUUGCUUCAACAUUUUGCCAAAGAAUUCCGCAUGAAAUCUGACUGCCUCCUGCGCGAAACUCUUAAGCUGAAGCAUGAGCUUCAUCCCCGAGAAGUUCACACUUUACUGCGCAUCAUCGCAAGUGCCAGCGGCUCAGAGAAGUAUGCCAAUGUGUACUCCACCGACCAAUCGCUGUUCAUCAACGUAAGCAGCCUGCUGAGAUGCGUUGUGUCUGCUGGCAAGGAACCGGAUGGAGGCGGCUUGGAUAAGCCCAUGACGAAGCUGGAGGAGGUGGCCCUCACUUCGGACAUUGAUGCGGGCUAUGAAAAAAAGGUCUCCUAUGAACUUAAAACGCUUCUUGUACGCUGUUCAGCCAAUCUUCUGUAUGACAACAAGGCCAACAAGGGCUACUGCCUGGAUACACAGCUGCUGCCCACCCUUCUCGAAUGCACAACGAUGGAUGCCCGAAACCCAUUGAUGCGGGAGUGGAGCAUCCUAGCCAUCCGAAACGCCUGCAUAAACUGUCCGGAGGCGCAACAGGUGAUCGCAGGCCUGACAAUGCAGGGCUCCGCGCCCAACGACAUCCUCACCGAACUUAACCUGGACAUGGGCGCACUCCGCAUCGCUGACAGGCAGCAAUAGCUGGUAAAUGCUGACCCAGCAUACAGCGUACAUCUACCCAUAAAAAAUUGGCAAACGAGACAUAACCACUGGCUGGCCGGCCAACAAGUGGUUAGAUGUUAUUCACACAACGUCAUCCUCCGCGCAGUCGUUGGCCCCCUUUUUCAGGCUUUACGAUGCGCUAAUGGCAUGCCAACAGAUAGCCAAAGGCAUUCAUAAAAGCGAUGUCAACGUUUAAUGGUAAAGCGGGCGAAUGGGGAAUGUGGCGGACGGCUAGCGUGGCUAGCGAAGAUAUAAAAAUAGCUGCCCAUGUACCAUGCUCUGUGUACCAUUAAAAAAACGAUGCCUAAA